AUGAAGCAAGUUGAUAAACACCAGAAGUACCUGGGCAUUCCUACUGUCAGUGGUCGAUCAAAGAGAAUGGUUUUCCGUAAUCUGCUGGAUAGAGUGUGGAAGAAGUUGGGGGGAUGGAAGGAAAAGUUGUUGUCUCGAGCUGGGAAGGAAGUGUUAUUAAAAGCGGUGAUUCAGGCGAUUCCUACAUAUCUCAUGGGUGUAUAUAAGUUUCCAGUGGCAAUUACUCAGGCUAUCAGUUCAGCGAUGGCUCGAUUUUGGUGGGGUGGGAAAGGGGAAGCGAGGGGUAUGCAUUGGCUGAGUUGGGAUAAACUGUGCAAACCAAAGUGUAUGGGAGGAAUGGGUUUUAAAGAUAUCACGGUAUUUAAUGAUGCUCUCCUUGGUCGACAAGUAUGGCGCCUGAUUCAUUUCCAGGACUCUCUUCUAAGCCGUGUCAUGAAAGCAAAAUAUUAUCCAAAUGGUGAUAUGCUCACAGCAAGUUUGGGGCAUUCUACUAGUUUUUCAUGGCGUACUAUAUGGAGUGCUAAGAGUUUGGUGAAAGAAGGGGUGAUGUACCGAGUGGGUCAUGGGAAAGACAUCGAUAUAUGGCGUGAUCCUUGA